UAAUCAUUGCCUUCAUCGCGUMUUCAGUGAACUAUUGGGCAUUGGCUAUUGUCCGUUGUAUUUUUUAAACUCUUCGACAGUCACGCGRCACAGCAGAUUUGCGCAUAUUUUUCUGUGAUUUUUGAUCAUUAACGCAAUGGAGUUUUUGAUUCAAACAAUUAAUAAGCUACAAGAUGUAUUUGCUGUGAUCCAUGAAAAUCCAAUUGAUUUACCUCAGAUCGUUGUUGUCGGGUCCCAAAGCUCUGGUAAAAGUUCAGUUCUAGAGAAUUUGGUCGGCAGAUCUUUCUUGCCACGAGGAGUAGGCAUUGUAACUCGCGCUCCUUUAAUUCUACAAAUGAUAAAGUAUACUGACAAAGAUAUGGAAUCCAUGUUGAAAAUAACAAAUAAUAAUGGAAUAAAAGAAUGGGCUUGUUUUUCGCAUAAACCCAACAUUGUGUUUCAUGAUUUUGAUGAAGUAAAAAAAGAAAUAGAGAAAAUGACAGAUAUUCUGGCUGGUGAAAAUAAGGGAAUUACCAAAAAGCCCAUAGUAUUAAAAGUUUAUACUUCCUUGUAUACUCUAACAUUUGUUGAUUUGCCUGGAAUCACUAAAGUAGCUGUUGGUGAUCAACCAAAAGACAUUGACGAACAAAUACUAAGCCUAAUAUUCAAAUAUAUCAAACAACCAAACGCUAUAAUCUUAGCCAUGGUCGCUGCUAAUACAGAUCCUGCUACAUCAGAAAGUCUGAAAAUAGCUAAACAAUUGGAUCCUGAUGGUGCAAGGACAAUUGCAGUGGUUACUAAGUUGGAUAUUAUUGAUAAAGGUACAAUAAAUGAAGUAACAGAUCUUCUAUGUGGUAAAAUAAUUCCAGUAAAACUUGGUAUUAUUGGUGUAGUUAAUAGGUCUCAGAAAGAUAUUAAUGAAAAUAAGACAUUGCAAGAGACCUUAAAAAAAGAAACAGAAUUUUUAAAAACUAAUUAUCCAGAAAUUUGUAAAACACAUGGAACCCAAGUGUUGGCUAAUACAUUACAGGAUGUAUUAAUAAAACAUAUUAAAAAAACCAUUCCAACCUUGUACAAAAACUUAGUGGAGACCAAAACAAGACUUGAAAGUGAAUUAAAAUUAUUGAAAACACCUGAUUGCGAAAAAACAUUCAUAUUAGAGUUAUUAAAUGACAUUAACAGAUCAUACUGUGAAACCGUAAUGGGUGAUAGAAAAGAUAUAUCCGAUAAAAUGUUAAUGGGUGGUGCAAAAAUUGUAAAUGCGACACAAGAUCACUUUUCUAAACAUUUCAUGGCGGUGGAUCCAUUGAAUAAUUUGAGUGAUGAACAAAUAAAAAAUUAUUUAUUAAAUAGUUCUGGAAUUAAAAAAAGUUCACUAGUGAAUCAUAAGGCAUUGGAAAUUAUGGUAAGCAGACAAUUGGAGUAUCUCAUUGAACCAGCAUUGUCAUUUGUGGACAUUGUGCGUGAUGAAUUGUUCAACAUCCUUGAUUCCAUUGAUCAAAAGUUAUUGGAUGAACUUGAUAGAUUUCCAAAACUAAAUAACAAUGUAAGAAGCAUCCUGGACAACUUAUUGGAKAUAAAAUUGAACAGUAUUAAAAAAUCUAUAAAGUCUUACAUUAAGACACAACAGAAAUUCUUAAAUACAACUAACCCCAAUUACCUUUUACAAUUGAUUAAUUCAUCAGCCGAGUGCCGUUCAUCUUUUAUAGAGAAUAAAAGUAAUUAUUAUAAUAAAUUGUUUUAUCGAGAUAAUUAUAAAACCGAUAUAAAUACUGAAAUAAAUAAUAUAGAAAAAGAAAUUGUAAGUAAAAUGUACACAGAUAUAUUGUCCAGUCUGGGUGGCUUAAAUAAUUAUAAAAAUGAAAUCAAUGUACAAGUAAUAUUGCACAAACAAUUUACCCGUUGCUACUUCGAAUUYAUUAGGAAUACUUUAAGAGAUUUUGUGCCAAACCGUAUAAACCAUAAAUUGGUCAACUUUGUUCUAAAAAAAUUUGAUAAAAAAUUGAAAGCAGAUGUGUUUAUGCCUUUAAUCAACAAUCCAUCUUCUGAAAGAUUGCUUGUUGAAAAAGAAGGUGUUCAAGAAGAAAGACAACGUAAAGAGCUUUUGUUAAAUGCUGUUAAAAAAGCUUUAAAAAGKUUACAUGAAAUACAAAGGAAAUAAGUUCAA